AUGGCCCACCUGUGCUGCCAUCAACCCACCUGUGCUGCCAUCAACCCACCUGUGCUGCCAUCAACCCACCUGUGCUGCCAUCAGCCCACCUGUGCUGCCAUCAACCCACCUGUGCUGCCAUCAACCCACCUGUGCUGCCAUCAACCCACCUGUGCUGCCAUCAACCCACCUGUGCUGCCAUCAACCCACCUGUGCUGCCAUCAACCCACCUGUGCUGCCAUCAACCCACCUGUGCUGCCAUCAACCUACCUGUGCUGCCAUCAACCCACCUGUGCUGCCAUCAACCCACCUGUGCUGCCAUCAACCCACCUGUGCUGCCAUCAACCCACCUGUGCUGCCAUCAACCCACCUGUGCUGCCAUCAACCCACCUGUGCUGCCAUCAACCCACCUGUGCUGCCAUCAACCCACCUGUGCUGCCAUCAGCCCACCUGUGCUGCCAUCAACCCACCUGUGCUGCCAUCAGCCCACCUGUGCUGCCAUCAACCCACCUGUGCUGCCAUCAACCCACCUGUGCUGCCAUCAACCCACCUGUGCUGCCAUCAACCCACCUGUGCUGCCAUCAACCCACCUGUGCUGCCAUCAACCCACCUGUGCUGCCAUCAACCCACCUGUGCUGCCAUCAACCCACCUGUGCUGCCAUCAACCCACCUGUGCUGCCAUCAACCCACCUGUGCUGCCAUCAACCCACCUGUGCUGCCAUCAACCCACCUGUGCUGCCAUCAACCCACCUGUGCUGCCAUCAACCCACCUGUGCUGCCAUCAACCCACCUGUGCUGCCAUCAACCCACCUGUGCUGCCAUCAACCCACCUGUGCUGCCAUCAACCCACCUGUGCGUGCACUGAUUCUCCAAUCGCGUGGUCUCCUCUGCAAUCUCACGCACCCAUUUCGUAUCCCACGCAUCCACUCCCCAAUCCCUCUCUGCCUCCUUCCCCUCACUCCCCUGACCUUUCGCAUCCUCCCCCACCAUCCCCCCUUCCUUACCACCGCCUCCGCCAGCACCCUCUUCGCUAUCUUCCCCUCCUUCCCCUCCCCUCUGACUGCUACAGUUGACCAGAUGACCCCUGAGGUCCGGGGCAACCCACGUGGCGCCCUUCCAGUGAGCACGAGGGAUUCUGUCCCUCCAGGGAAUCGAACCUGUGCCUUCUUUGAUCAGCUUCCUUGCCGUUUCCCACUCCCAGAUUCGCACUUCAGGCCUGUGAAAAGAAACCAGCAGAACUAG